GUGAAAUAGAGGGGUGUUACCCUUCACGAAGGCCUGUUGAUGUGGGGGAGAUGAGGCGGAGAGAUGGCCAUGAUGACCGAGAGAGAGUUUGGAGAGGAGCCGGGGACUGCCCAUGGUGGAUGGGCGGAGCAGUAAGCAUGCGCUGAGCUGGCAGACUCUGGGCUGGUCCUGACGGGCUGGCUGGGCUCCGGGCGGCUCUCUGUGCGCUUCAGACGGUCUUGGGGGAGACUACCACCAACACUCAGCGUCUCCUCGAGUACCUCAGAGAAUAAACGGAUUGAAAAGCAGAAGAGACCCGAGGGGUAACUGCGAGAAAACAAAGCAAACAGCUUCACCCCGGCAUCUGGAAAAGCACCGAAGAAGAAGAAGAAGGAGACGAUCCUCCCCCUCUACCCCACACCUCUCCGCCAACCCGCCCUAUCCACCCUACCCACCACUCCGUGCCAUCCCUCUGGUCUGAACUGCCCUCCAGUCCCACCCCGUCAGGAGAACCACGACCACCCAAAGGAAACCCCCACUUGACCAGCGUUGCCAUUAAGCGAUGCGCUUUGAAUUUAGGAAGAAAUCAUCUAUGCGUUUUUGAUGCACAACACAGCCAGUGGUCUUCAUUUUUUUUUUCCACAGCGGGAACAGUUAAGGUUACGGAUUUGGGUGUUUACACUUUUUGACGGGUUUCCAGUGGCAUGAUAACAUGCAGAAUAUAUCAUCCCACGGCAACAGACAAGGCUGCCAUUCCAUAGAUUAGUCUUUAUUUAAACAAACAGCUGUCACAUACGCUGCGUUUGAGCUUAUGUUUGAUUUUUUUCCCAUGCUUACAAAGAUCCCGACAAUGGUCUUGGAACGGACCGCCUCUCCAGACACCUAGACAUUUUUGUUCAAGACGUAUCAGCUCUAUAUUUCGUGUUUAUUGAAAAAAAGAAGCGACAAAUUGACGAGGAGUCAUUUGACACCGACGCCGCUUGAGCCAUAGGACUUUGCGUGCGAAGUUUGCACCGGGAAGAGGGGGGCCAAUAAGUCGGAGAUAUCUCGGCCAUAUCCACGGCAUUUUCCCUUUAAGGUGGGAGGUCAGCGGGUUGUGGUCAUGCUGUCCCUGGAUGAGCCCCUGGACCUGAAGCUCCCUCGGCGGGCCAAUGGACGGGACAGAGGGGCGCGCUCUCCCCCGCUCUCUCCGCUGCACCCCAAGCGAACCCGCCAGCUCCGCAUGGCAGAUGAUGGCACCGCAGUCAUAGAGCCCGCCUCGCCAGCAUCACCGCAUGCAGGUGUGCAGGUGGUCCCUCAUGAUCGGACAGACACCCCCACCCCCACUCCCCCUGCAGUGGACCUGAGCAUGUCUCCCUCCUCCCGCCACACCCCCAGCUCUCCAGAAAUGACCAACGGCAACUACAUCCCUUCAGGGAAUUCUCACAUCUCACAGGCUUUUCAGAUUUUCAUGCCAAUUGGAGCUGGGGCGGGACUUCACCUGCCAUCCUCCAUGUUCAUUGGCCAGAUGAGCGACAAGAGAGCCUCUCCUGACCUCUCUGCGGAUGAACAACUGGCCUGCCAUUGGAAGAAGUGCCAUCUGCUCUUUGACUCCCUACAAGACCUGGUGGACCAUGUCAACGACUUCCACGUGAAGCCUGAGAAGGAUUCUGGGUACUGCUGCCACUGGGAGGGCUGUGCUCGCAAAGGGAGGGGGUUUAAUGCUCGGUACAAGAUGCUCAUCCACAUCCGCACUCACACUAACGAGAAGCCCCAUCGCUGUCCCACCUGCAACAAGAGCUUCUCACGCCUGGAGAACCUCAAGAUACACAACCGGUCACACACAGGUGAAAAGCCCUACAUUUGUCCUUACGAGGGUUGUAACAAGCGCUACUCCAACUCCAGCGACCGUUUUAAGCACACACGCACACACUAUGUGGACAAACCCUACUACUGCAAGAUGGUGGGCUGCCUGAAGCGCUACACAGACCCCAGCUCUCUCCGCAAGCACAUCAAGGCCCACGGUCACUUUGUGGCUCAGGAGCAGGGCUCUCCAGGUGGGGUGGGCUCCCUGCUGAGAGGGAGUCAAAGUGGAGUGCUUUCUGGCGAAGGGGGGAAGGAUUCUGCGCUGUCCUAUGUGAGUGCAGCCCACAUUAUUAUCCCAGGGGCAGCGGCUGCUCUCAUGGGAGGCCAUGCUCUGCAGGGUCUGGGUGGUGCCCUACCUGUGUCCCCCCUCAGUCCUCGGCCCCUGGACCUCAGCACGCUCGGUUGCCCCGGCUCACCUCCAGGCAGCCUGGGAGGUACACCCAUCCUGUCCUUCAACGGCUCACCGCUGGGCCUGGCCAAGUCCCAUCUGCUCUCCCAGGCAUUCCCCUCCUCAGCCCUGGGCCUGCCAAUGAUGCCUGUGCUGGGGGCCUCGUCUAAGCGCAGGGCCCACAGCCAACAGGCCAAGAAGGGCCGGGGGGAGGAGGCCGAGAACGAGGUGACUGGGAGGGUCCUGAACCUCUCCACGGGAUCCCAUGAUCCCCUGUCCUGGGUGGUCAUCCCCCCAGGCACCGUGGUGCUCAAACCAGCUGUGGUCAACUGAUACACACACACAUAGACACAUUCCAGAAGAGCUCAGGGGGUCGGGAUGGGAGGGUGAACGCCAUAAUGAGGGUACGGGCGGUCAAAGGUGAUAGGGAUUGGCUCGCACAAUCAAAUCCAAGCAAUGCAUUUCAGAGAGAGGUUGGAAGAGGAGGAAACUAUAUAGAGAAACUCUUUAAACCCUCAAUCAACAAAAAGAAUAGAUACACUACACCUCACAAGAAAUAAAUAUACAACGCAAGCCUCUUGUAUUGAUGGGAAACUAAACUUGGGGCCCAAGAACUGUUUAGGAACAUGUAUGGCUCUGUAUUUCUAUCACAAGGCCUGACAAUGGGCUACUCUUAAUUUUUUAUUUUAUACUUUAUUCAUUCCUGUUUCCUGAAUGUGACAGUCUUAGUGCUCUGUGUACAAACGUCCUGAUUCAUUAAUAAGUAUUUAUAUGACUGCACGUCAUUGACAGUGUGCCUCCAGCUUAGCAGUGAGAUAGAUACACCAUGAAACUGAAUGACGCACUCACAGUUAGGCAAACGUGCACGUAAUAAUAUGACCUGUUUUUUACAGGCUGCUGUGAUUAAUAGGAUUCAGACAGGCUUGCCAAACCAAAGCAAGUGAACUCAAACUGUCUUGGAUUUGCAGUUACAGUUCAAUUAAACACAGCACUUAAUAGUGUCAGCUGGUUAUAGUAUUGAAACCUCAAAACUGCUGCUAACCUCUCAGCUCCCCCAGUGUAACGUAAACUGGGAGAGAGAUCUUUUGACAAUCUGUCCCUAAUUUGGGGAGGACCAACAUGGACCAGCCUAGUCCACCAGAAUGUGUGCCAGGCGUGCAGACUAGGGGCUUUUAAGGCACAGAGCAAACUGAGGACUUAACAGACAAAUGGUGUUGCAUCACCUGACAAUGACCAAUCAUCACUUCCUCUUUUACUCAAGUGAAAUUUAAGGCACCAGUGUGUGUGGCUCCCCCCUCUGGUAGGACACGAUAUACAACAUCCUGCUUUCCAUUUACAGAACUCUCACUGUUUUUACUUCUGGAUUUUCCAGCUGCUUUCUCGUAAUUGAAUCAACAAGGCCAGUUUGUGUAUGAAAGGGCCACUGUGGUGAUAAACACUAGUGUCUUGUUUUUUUAAAAGUGACCCGACCCAAAACCAGCUGUGAAAAACAGGUGGUCGUCCAAUUGAAGCCUAACUUAGCCUUGUCGGUUGAAGUUUUGUCCCAAGUUCAACAAGUCCCAUGCUGUGCCAAAAAUACCUGGAGAGGGGAAAGAGGGAUGCACGUAUUGUGCCACAGAGGGGGGUGUGAUGCACUCAAUGCCACAUACAGCUGGACUGAAUAGGAAGCCACACUCUUGCAAACUGCCUCAUUUUACUCUGUCCAAAGGGGCAAAGAAAAAGACACGUUUGACGUCUGGGAAAACUUUUUUCAUGGUUCGAUUAAGCAGUCAACACGCACUUACCACACACUAUAUUCCUUACAUGUUUUAUAAAAUGUUACUGCCAAGUCAUGGUUUGCUCUUAUUCUCUUUUUCUGCAAGGGUCAAUUUGGCUGUGGGGCCGUUCCAGCCAGGCUUGUGUUGCUCAGUGCUAAUGCAUGUAUGAUGAUGACUGUUGUCUCCACAGUGGAGCAGGAGAGGAUCGUCACAACACAAGGAACAUUCCCUCAAGAGACUGUCACACGCUACCCCCCCUCUCUCUUUUUACUCCAUCUCUGCUUUCUUUGGUGGUCUUACUUUUCCAUCGCCCAGUCUUAGAAAUAAUCAGUUGUUGCUGUUUUAUAUUGUUGUCAUUCUUUUGUUUUUGCAGUUGUUCAGACGAGACAUUUUUUUCUGAUGUUGAAGUUGCUUCUUGUGUUCUGCGAAGGCUGCUCUGCACUCAACUUUCUGCUGUCAAGGAUGGGUCUGUUGAGGGUUAGAGGAGAAGACGAGAGAGAGGGGUUUGGGGGUCCUUGUAGGGCAGUGGUUCCCAAUUUUUUUUUUUUUUUUAUAUAUAUUUUUUUUUUUUUUUUCUACCAAAUAAUAUGACAUUCCGUCAUGACAAUCACAUUGGGGAGGGAUCAUUUAGUGAAGGUGUAGGCAUAAGUUAGCCUACAUGUCUGUAUUAAGUGUCCUAACCAAAUUAUCUUCGGGCUUAAAUUCCAUUUGCAAACUCUGCUUCCUUUGUUUUGACUUUUAAUUUCCACCGCCACACAAAGGGAAACCAUAGAGAAAUAACAUCUGAAAUGGCGGGCAGGUCUGAGAAAGCGUGAGAGCAUAGAGAGACAGGAUUGGCUGAAUGAAUGGACAAGAGAAAGGGAGAUAUGAAGGGAGAGGCUGUGUGCCAGCAUAGGAAAAGAGGAUAGCUGUGCAGCCGUCCUCCAUCUGGCCACCUACCCAGCAAACGGCCCUCUCUGCUCUGAAGUCACUGGCUGUGCUGUGCCCAAUGUGGCAGACACUCACAGGCAUACCAGCAUGCAGAAAAUUAGGCCACUGAACUCUGUCUGCCCUCUGUUGUUUUUUUUUUUUUUUUUUAUAGAUUAAACCCAAAAGGCUCAACUCCCCCACCUCCCGGACGCAAAGCAUUUUACCAGAUGGGGAAACAGUCUAACAAGCCGUAUUCACAGUAAACAAAAACAAAUAUAACUCUCCCUGUCUGAGGACGAGCUUUGCGUCGGGCCUUCCACAGGCCUGCGAAGAUUCCCAGCAGAGAUGAACUGCAUGCCUGUGUUUCUGCCACAGUAAUUCAUAGUCAUCAUUAUCUCACACACACCCCUUCCCCCACUCAUCUCACACACACACACAGUCUCUGGGUUUAGGCUGGGCAUUGAAGUGAAUCUCAUUGUGAGUGGACAAUCCUGGCAUGUGAUGUCAUCAGAAACAGGUGUUAAGUAGGCUAGACAUGGUUCCCUUGGCAACAGCAAAACCCAGAGAUGCAGCGGCUCUUCUCCCUGUCUGUCUGUCUGUCUGUCUGUCUCUCCUCUGCAGGUCUAAGCCAGGGACAGAAAGAGGCAGCAGAAAGCUGAAUCAUAUGACACGGAUCCACACAGGGUCCACAUCUUUUCAAUAUCAAAUAAGCUGUAUGAUCCAUUAACCCUUUGAGCUCAGUCUGUAAUAAACUGCACUUUUGUUCCCCUCAUAGCGUGUUUAGAUAUGGAGAUGCUGCCACAUCCUUUAUGUACAGCAUAAUUCAUCAGUUGUUUUGGGAACCAAGAAUAAUUGUAAAAAUCAUCCUCAGUCACUUAAACGUCAGAAUUUGACGUCGUUUUUUGUUUUGACAGUAUAAAAUCGGUACUUGCUCCUGGAGAUUUUAAAGUUACCCUCACUUACUGCUAUGAAAAGUGGAACCGAGAUCCAGGGCACAAAAUUUGUGUUAGCUAGCUAAGUCAGUGUCAUUGUAGAGGGGUGACACUGACUGAAGUGCCACAGUGUUGCACAAAGGGUUAAUGAUAAGACUAAGGCCAUGCAAGGCCUGUUCCAAGUUAUGUUUUUUGCACAUUUGUGAGAUAUUGUGAGUAUUUUAAUUUUUUCAAGUGCCUUUUUAUUAUAGAUAAGAUACAGAAGUUACACACUAUAUGAAAAAAAAUUAUAUGAAAAUAUAUUUUUCGUGGCAUCAUGUUCUAUGGUUGAACAUGCAGAGUUUUAGAGUUGUAAAAGUCUACAAUUGGUACAACAUAGCGGUGUUCUCCUGUUUUAGAGGAAUUUUAUUACGAUAUUGAUAAUAAUGUCAAUGAAAAGAAAAUUGUUUAAUAAAGUUGUAUUUGAUA